AUGGUUCUGGCUUUCAUUCCGUUCUUGGCAGCAGUGGCUGCCUCUUCCUCCAUUUCUGAAUGCAGUGGUGCGACCUGCUUGCGGCCACGAAUGGGUCGUGGAAUCUCGCUUUUGCAGGCUUCUCGCAACAAGUCUGCGUUGGUGCCGGCGACAGCGGAGAGUUCAUUGAACUCCUCAAAAGCACAGAGCGCAUCAAACUCUUCAAAGGCACAUACUUCAGUGAACUCUUCGAAAGGACAGAGUUCAUCAAACUCUUCGAAAGCACAGAGUUCUUUCAAUUCUUCCCAAGCACAGAAUUCAUUGAACUCCUCCACCCUCACUGAUGCCGUGGCCGCUGCAGAAGCACUGGGCAAUGCUACAGAGCAGGCGAUAUCAGGCACUUCCACUUCAGCUGUUGGCGAUGACAGCACCGUGGCUGUGAACCUGAGUGAGCCUGGAGUGUCAGUGAAUUAUUCCGAAGUCCUCGACCCUGGCAAGCAGCCCGCCUUGCGAGCACCUUACACGCAGCAACAGAACGAGACCGUGCCCAUCAUCAAACCCAUCAAAGGAGCUGCUCCGCUGCCGGAACCCGAGGCAUCAAACAUUACCGCAGCCAUGCGUGACUGUAUGCUGGGAGACUGGGGCGAGUGGUCCGAGUGCGUCUCAGAUGGGGCAUCAGGCUUUGAGGGCCCGCAUCAAAUGAGGCGACGCUCCGUUAUCCAGCCAUGGCUCCCCGGUGGAUCGCGGUGCGGCUCAACACAGGAGGUACAGGGCUGCAACCUGAUCAGCGCAGCGAACACCAUAGUGAACUUGAAUGUUGGAUGA